CAGCCGGCCAGUAGUUCCCCUGUGUCCCUGUCCCUGUGUAACUGUGCUGCUUCUCUCUCUUUGUGCCUUUCUCUCUCUUUCCUUUGGCAUGGCUGUCUGUCUGUCUCUCCCUUCUUGCUGGCUUUGUCUGUCUGUCUAGUUCUCUCUCUCUGAUUAUAUUGUGUUUCUUGGUUAUCGGCCAGUCCCUCGCUCUCCCAUGGGUGGUGUGUCUGUGCCAGGAUGCUUGUGGUAGAUGUGCCAUGCAGACAGCUGUGCCCCGGUGCCCUGCCUGCCCUUACGCACAAUUGCUUUGUGUCUGAAUGUUUCUUUCUCUGCUCCUUCCCUUUAAUGUAGCCACUGUCUAUCCGCUUGUAGGCCUCUUAUCUCCUGUCAGCCAGCUUUCCUCCUGUUCUCCCACCAAACAGUCUGUGGGGGGCCCCCCUAGGUCUGCCAGAUAUGACACCCCCACUGAGCAGUUUCUAACAACCCUGGGGGCUGGAUAUGCUCGGGGUGCAGAGCAGCGUCUGUGCCCCCCAAGGCCUGGCAUGGUGCUUGGAAAAGAUAGUAGGAGUGGAUUGCAGUACCCCAGAGCCAUGUUGCAUUUGGCUGGCAAGUUCCAGGAGCAGAGGACUCGGGGCUUCCACCUUUCCUUCCAGGACCAGGAACCCACACAAAACUCAAGGGACCCCCGUGGUGCCGCGGGAUGGGGGCUGCCCGAGCACUUCUCCGCCGCUGGACGAGUCCUUCCACUGGGUCGGACCCAGAACGCUGGUCAUCAGGAAGAGCCAGCAUGGCUUCGGAUUCACCCUGCGCCACUUCAUAGUGUACCCACCGGAAUCUGCCGUGACCUCUGUCCACAAGGAGGAGGAUGGAGGCGCAGAUCUCCCCUCGGCAGCCAGUCAACUGGAGCCUAUGGACACCAUCUUUGUCAAACAGGUGAAGGAAGGAGGCCCAGCCCAGAAGGCAGGACUGUGCACAGGUGACCGACUGGUGAAGGUGAAUGGCGAGAGCAUCAUCGGAAAAACAUACUCACAAGUUAUUGCACUCAUACAGAACAGUGACGAUACCCUGGAACUCUCCAUUAUGCCCCGGGAUGAAGAUAUAUUACAGCUGGCCUAUUCCCAGGAUGCUUAUCUGAAAGGCAAUGAGCCAUAUCGAGGUGGUGCCCACAGUAUCCCCGAGCCCCCACCUGUUUACUACCCGUGGCGGACUCACGAGCCUGUUUCUGGGUACGCGCCUGCUUCUCGGUACCAUCACCCAAACUCUGCCGAUGCGACUGCCAUUAGGAGCCCUGUUCACAGUGAAGUGCCAAGAGGCAGCCCUGCCCACCGUGACAAUUACCCACGGACUGCUCCCACUUCUCUUUCGCAGGCUCGAUCCUUCCAGGGGUCACCGUCCUCUUCAGACAGAUUCAGGGGUCCUGGGCCGCCCCACAGCAGUCACGGAUGGCACUCUCGUUAUAUGCAAGAUGCGCCACGCAAUGUCUCGCCUGAACCCUGGGAGCGACUGGCCAGCCCGCGGUGGGUGAGUCCGUGGGAGCGACAUCAGGCACUGUGCAGCUGGAUGUCCCAGCAGGCCCCUAGAAGGGGCUCCGCCUUACCCCCAAGAAGACGCAGUGCGUCGCAGGACCGGCUAGGAGAGACCACUCACCUAAGCAACUGGCCUCACAGCGUAUCCCAGGACACUCUUCAUCAGGCUCCAUUGUAUGAGUCUUGGGGUCACCGGGCACAGUCUGACAACUUCCUGGCUCAGUUUGGUACAUCCGCAGAGAAACUAAACUUAAGUGCUCUCAUUUCACCACCUUAUGAGCACCGCAUCUGGCCACAGGACAGACCACUACAUUCUUCCCAAGCACCCUCUCGUGUUCGCCCAAGCCAAACAGUAUCCCCUGGCCUAAGGGAAGCAACGAAGCCCCCUCAGCCACACCCCAGCUCCGGGGAUUCUGGGUACAUUGGAUACCGUAGUUACAGUCCCUCAUUCCAGAGACGAACUGAACUUCUAAAUGCCUUUUCCUUCCGGGAAACUGCCUUUAGCGGCCUCCCCACCUUCCGGACUGAGCAGUAUUCUGGCUCUCCAGCUUCUCUGCCAGAGAGGAGAGAGUCUGCGGUAUCGGCCAGCUCCACAGAUGACAGCUGCUCCACACAGGAGAGACGGGAGGAGGUGGUCCUGAGGCAGAAACCCCCUUCUGGUCGAAAGGCUACCACUGCAGUACGCCAAGUCAAUUUACACUUUCCAACAGAAGUGAAGGAUGUAGAGCCCCCAACGUCUACCUCAGUUAGUGAAGAGGCUCCCAGAGAGCGGCCAUUGCAAAGGGUGCCACCACUGCCCCCCUCAGAGGAGCCUCUGGCAUCCAUACCUUUCAUAGAUGAGCCAACAAGUCCUAGCAUUGACCUCCGCGCCAAACACGUCCCUGCCUCCUGUGUGGUGUCCAGCGCCAUAAACUCUGCCCCCGUAAUCUCUGCCAGCCCCUCCUCGCCCUCCUUCAGCUUUAAUAUCAGUCGGCAUUACUCUCAGGACUGCAGCAGUAUUAAGUCCAGCCGGCGUUCCUCAUAUCUCCUUGCUAUAACCACCGAGCGGUCUAAAUCAUGUGACGACGGACUCAACACCUUCCGAGAAGAAGGAAGACUGCAAAGGCGAGUUGUGGGUCGAGUGCCAAGCUUGAGGAUGCUCCGGAGCUUCUUCACUGAUGGGUCCUUAGACAGCUUGGAGGCCAAUGAGGACGGCCGGUCAAAGCGUCACUCGGCCUCGGAACUUUCUGAGACAGAGUUCAGUGACGUGCGCAGGGAGGGCUGGCUGCUGUACAAACAGAUCCUCACCAACAAGGGAAAGAAGGUUGGCAGCGGUCUCCGCCAGUGGAAGCGAGUGUUUGCUGUCCUGCGCCCUCACCUGCUGUUUUUGCACAAGGACCGCCCAGAAGCACGGGGCCCCGCCCCAGGUGAGGAGGAGCAGCCAAUCAGCAUCCUCGGAAGCCUGGUGGACAUCUCUUACAGCGAGACCAAGAGGAAGCACGUCUUUCGGCUGACGACCCCUGACUUCUGUGAAUAUCUCUUUCAGGCUGAGGAUCGGGAUGACAUGCUCAGCUGGGUCAAAGCUAUCCGGGAGAAUAGCCGGAUGGAGGGGGAGGACCCCGGCUUUGCCAGCCAAGCAUUAAUUAACAAGAAAUUAAACGAUUAUCGCAAAGUAAGCAUUACAGGGGUCAAACAGGAAACUUCCCCCAAGGGGUCCCGGAGUUUGGGCAUCCGACCGGAUCUCUUGUGGACAAGUGGCGUGAGUGCUCCCCGCUCUCCCAAGCAGGACGGCGCGGCCAAAGAGGAGGCGCCGCCAUCCAAGGGGGCCUGGGGAAUUAAUCUCAUGAAGAAGAACAAAAAGUGCCCCCCCCGGGCGUUUGGGGUCAGACUGGAGGACUGCCAGCCGGCGGCAGAGAAUAAGGGAGUGCCGCUGAUAGUGGAGCUGUGCUGCUCUCAGGUGGAACAGAAGGGUUUGGAAUAUUUGGGAAUUUACCGCGUCCCUGGAAAUAAUGCCGUGGUGAGCAGCCUGCAGGAGCAUCUCAACAAGGGCCUGAGCGAGUCCAACAUACAGGAUCAGAGAUGGCAGGACCUUAAUGUUGUCAGCAGUUUGCUGAAGUCGUUUUUUCGGAAACUCCCGGAACCUCUUUUCACUGAUGACAAGUACAGCGACUUCAUUGAAGCGAAUCGUAUGGAGGAUUCCAGAGAGCGAAUGAAAAUGCUUCGCAAACUGAUUAAGGAGCUGCCUUCUUAUUACUACGAGACCCUCCGGUUUCUUGUGCGCCACCUAAAGACAAUCGCAGACCACUCGGAGAAAAACAAGAUGGAACCCCGGAACUUAGCCCUGGUCUUUGGCCCAACGCUGGUUCGCACGUCGGAGGACAACAUGACCGACAUGGUGACACACAUGCCAGACCGGUACAAGAUUGUGGAGACACUUAUCCAACACUUUGAUUGGUUCUUCAGUGAGGAGCAAGAGAAGGCAGAAAAGACCCCCGUGGAUGAGACCAAUUCCCAGAAUAUACCAAACAUUGAGCAUCUUCUACCAAAUAUCGGACGGACGGCAGGAACUGGGGAGAACUCGGAUUCCACCAACAGUGACUCUGCUAAAGGGAAGGUCUCACGGAAGGAAAUCUACGCCCGGGACAUCCUGUCCAUUCCCUUUAUUUCAGCUGUAAACCGCAAGCGCAGAAAGCGGCGAGACGAGAAGCGUUUUGGGAGCAGCACGGAGGAGGACGAUUCUGAGCAGGAGGCGGCGCGGGCAGGGCAAGUGGAGCAGAAGGCUGAGGCAGAAGUGGAGCUGAGGGAGACAGAGGAGUCGCCGGCACAAACCUGCUCACCCCACGGGCCGGGAGCAGAGCGAAUACACAGCGAGGAGACUGGGCAGCGGGACAAAGGUGCCCAGAGCCGGUGGCAGGGGUCCGGAGAGGAGAGAAUCCCCGUUGACGCUCGCUCCAUUGUAUCUGGAUAUUCCACUCUUUCUACUCUGUGCUCAGAACCUGCCUCCAGUGUCCGUGGCGGGGAGGAGGCCGAUGAUGAACGCAGUGAGUUCAGCCACAUGGAGACGGACACGGAGGGGGUAGGAGCCCGAGAGACUGAUGAGCGCCCUCACUCCCAGGACUCAUUUACCUCCCAGAGGCUCAUACCGGGGGACACUCUAGCUCGGAGAAGGCUGGGCAGGGGGCGGAUAGAGAGCAAAGAGGAACCAGCGCCGCCCCGCAACUCCCUGCGCAUCAGGCCGGCAGCCGAUGACUUGUGUGUGGCCGCCUUACGCAAGCCCGGCUCGCCAGAGACCCGCCGGAGGAAGAGCGCCUGGCGCAGGCACACUGUGGUGCUCCCGGGGCAGCUGACUGACUGCAACUUCAACGACUGGAAAGAGCCAGUACCAGGGGCCACCGUGGCAUCGGAACCUGGGAGCCGCCUCAGUGGUGGAGCCUGGGUAGAAGGGAGGGAUUCUGGACUUAGCAGCCUGGAGUCUCAGAAAGCCAAAACUUCUGUGGCUCAGGAAGCUCUGGGCAACAAAGGACCAAGCCACGUAGCCAAGUCCCAGAAUCCUCCUCUGCAGCCUGGACUCCGCCAUUACCUAUAGGCUUCUCAUUUUGCUCCUAAUGGAAUGUUGGACAAGUGCUUCCUCGCCCUCGGCCACAUCUGCCAUCUCACACUUACAGGUCCGACCUCUGACCGCCACAUCUCUUUGUGUCCGCCGGACGCUCCUGGCAACAUAGAUGGCCAGACUGAGGCUCUUCCUCCAUCUUGUUUCAUCAUCUCCCAUGGGCAACCUGUGCCCAGCUGUGUGAGCGCCAGUCAGGAGCCUGGCACAGAAAGAGUUACAGAACAUAAGGAGGUGACAUGGGAAAUGUCUGUGGAUCACGCAGACGUACAAACUGUGAUCCAUGAACUCAGGUGCCUUAUUAUAUUUUAUGUUUACAGGAUUAACCCUUUCACUGCUAAGCUAAGUUCAACAUCUUUACUAUGCCUGAAGCUAUGUGCAAUGUGUGUUUAUUUAUACAUAUAUGUAUUGGCUAUAUACGUAUAUAUAUACACACACACACACACACAAACGGACACGCACUUCUUAGUGUUCAAGGGAAACUGGAGGAGGACGGAUAUACAGGGACAAACAAAACCCCGCGGGUAAUGAUGGGUUUACAUUGCCGACCCCUGUGGUCACCUAAGGGUUAUCAUAAUGGGAGCCGAGUAUUCCAGGCUGUAAUGAUAAUGCCUCACCCAUUCCCUUCCUUCUCACUGGGAUAAGGGCUUUAAGGCUCAGUCGGCAUUGAGAUGUUGCACUGCCAGUAGAGGGGGGGGCUCGAGUGGCCCCUGCGCUGUCAGAUGGUGCCGCCGCCAUGUUGUUUCAUGUUUACAGCAAGAACCCAAAGUAUUUGCAUCAGACACGAGCUGAUAUGCUAAACACACAGACAUUUCUGCCAACGGCCACUAACCUGCAAUUAAGAUUAAUUAGAAAACUGCUAUUUCUGCCCAUAAUGAGUUUACUAAUAAUGAUGUUUGCCUUUGGCAGCUGGCACCGUAAAGCUGGGUACCCACUGCCAAUCGUGCGCCCGGGGGUAGAAGGUUGUAUUCACAAUGGGCAUUUAGGUUCCCAAAGGGUUGUAAAAAUAACCAACGUAUAAAGGAUAUUAUUAAGUCUUUUCUUCCAUAGAUACAAUUGUUACUGGUGACGAGGGCAGCUGCAACGCCAGUAGCUAAAGGGGCAGAUGGUGCCGCCAAAAAGCCUCCCCAUAUGUGUUUUGGCAGAGGAAGUUAUUCCAUAUAUGGGUAAAUAAAAACGGUAUUAGUAGCAGAAGCCACAGAGACACGGGCUGGAGAUCAUUUCUCUGUAGUGAUUCGCUUACCAAAGGAUGGCUGUUACAUUGCAGGCAGAAUCAGCCUUUGCCAACUGCGCCACCUAAUGGUCACAUUACAGUACUGCUAGUGAGGGUUAGACUGUGCGUAUCCUGAGCGGCUUCACAUAGAGACAAAGGGCUUCAGAUAGUUAAUUGGAUCCCUUAGGUCAGCAAGGUCACAGAUAUAUAUAUGUAUAUGUGUGUGUAUGUAUAUGUAUAUAUAUAUAUAUAUAUCUUAUAGUUCUAGGGAUAUCAAAGUUAUGUGCAUUCACUUUUCAAUUUCACCCUGUACCAGAAUGUGGGCAUGAUUGGGGCAGACCAAUAGCAUGUGGCUCAGGGGCAGGUUCUAAAUUCUCCCAUGUUUUAAUAGUAAAAUGCUGGUAGGGAUGUUUAUAGUACUCUUUCUGGCUCUGAAUUGAUUUAAAGGGCAAGGAAACCCUUUCCCACAACGUUUUACUAUGCUAUAGAGUCCCCAUUCCUAUACUUAAUUGUUUUUUUCUGGCAGAAUAUCAUUUACUUUCUGCGCGUUACCUUCUGUAAAUCCCCCAUCACAGUCACAGGCCCCAUUUUGCCUUCUUAAACAUUGGCAAGAUGGCUGCUUCUCUUAAACGGAGAGGGAAAGGCCCCUAAUGACCCCCAUUCUAUUUUCUGCCCCAGCCUCUUUUACAUCUGAGUAUAACCAUCCCCAGUUAUUAGGGAGGCACCAAACACAUGAUCUGGAUUUGGCCAAAUCCCAGAACUUUCAGUCGCUUCAGCAGAAGACUUGAAAGUCAUAUGUUUUUGAAAUGCUGGACAAUUUCUUGAUCACGGAUGAUGAAUAUAAGGGAAAGGUGCGGCUUACUGAGAGCACAGACUGUUAUAAACACUUCCAUAUUGCUGCCCUGAGCGUGCAGUCUGUAUCUGUACUACAGGGGGUGCUGUUUUACUGUGAGUUAUGGCUCAGGGAACCAGUAAGUGAAACCGCAGUACCGGGAAUCACCAUGUGAGGCAGCGCACGUUCCAGGGAUUGGCCAGCAAAGAAAAGGCUGCACUCCCCCCUGCAUAAAAGCUUUGGCCUCCCCAGAGCCGUUAGAUCCAGCAGCCACCAUAGAUAGAAAGGGUUAAAUUGACAUGUAAGUGCCAUUAAUGCAACUUACCUCACUCUGAUGGUACCUGGUGGGGGUUCUGUUACUUCCAUGGGGCUCUGUCCUACCAUUGGUUGUCAGUGGUGAGUUCUCUCCCCCUAUUAUACAGCACAGGUCAGUGGGUGCAGGGCUGUCUAUAAAGGGGGGGGGGGGGGGGUAACUGAUGUGGGUAUAUUACAUUAGAGGGGACCAGCUGGUAGGUAGGACAUGUGUGGGUCACGUUGCAGAGAUAGUGGCAAUAUCCAUGGCUUUGUGUUUACCAACCUUUGGCCUUUCAGUUGCCAUUGAAGCACCUCCUGACGGAAUUCUCUUUACCCCCAGGGGCAAUACAUAGGCUGGGCCGUUCCGCUGAUACCACUAAUGGUCCACACUAAGAGUGGUCCUGCAUUGAUUUUAUGUUCCACAGUUGUUCCCAAUUCAUAUUCUCUUUGAAUGGCAAAGUGUUGACUGGUAGGUCAUUAAGCCAGAGAAGUCACCUACAGCUUGGGCCUCAGCUUGAUGGUGUUCUUCUACAUUGGUUCUUUUCCCCCCAGCUGAUCCAUAGUCGCUUCUUGCCUCAUCCCCUAAGUGGCUUCUCCCCCCCCCCCCCCCCCAGCUGAUCCCUAGUGGUUUCUCCCCAUCACAUGAUAUUAGCAUUAAGGUUGGUUUGUAUGUGUUCCAUGGCCAGGCCUCGUUAUUGUUCAGCCACUGUGAAUCAUGGUCGUUAGGUGCUCACCUCGUUAAGACACGUCCGUAUCUAGGUUUGUGGAGUAAAUAUAUGGUAGUGUUUGGAUUGUUGUGUAAAUGUGUUGAGAUGACAAUGGAAUGGGAAAUGAAAGAGGGUCAUUGGGAAGGUUCCCCGUGGGUUGGAAUUACUUGGUGCCUCCUAUGAUGCGCCAUUUGUUGGGUAGGGGGGAGAGGGCAAUAGCUCUGGUCCCCCAGCAGCAAAGGGGCCCCGAUGAGGAGAGAAAUGACAAACAAUACUGAGAAACAGCCGCCCCGGGGCCCCAGCCCUCUCCUCCCUAAGCCCAGCCUUCCUCCUGUGGUGGUUUUUGUAUGGAGAAAGGCAAGAGAAAGCAGAGGCAGAAACGUUGCAAUGAGGGAGGAUCUAGCCAGUGGGACGGUCAGUGGGCGGUGUUUGGGAGAAGGGGGCGGGGCUUGCAAUAAUGAAUAAAUUGGCAGUUGGCGCUCCUUCUGGCCAGGGUGGCAUUACAUUGACUGUUAGUUUAGAACAUUCAGUAGGCAAAAAUGGUGCUGUAAAGGGUGGGGGGGUAUAAAGUGGGCACAGUGACAAACAUUCCUUCAUGCUACAUAGUAGGAGCUCGUGUCCUUAUGUACCAGCCAUACAAAUCUCACAAGAGUUGGCAGCUCAGAUUGGCACUUGGGAUCAUUUCCACACACUCGCCACCCUCUCUGCUCCCCUCGGUGCCAGCUCAGUGUUUGCUUUACCUGCUCAGUACAGGGCAGCCAAUCACAGCAGCAGGAUGAAGGGGCCAAUAACCGACUGUUACCCCCUAUUUAUGCUCCUGUAUAGAUCACAGGGUCCCUUGCCCUGAUAUUGCGCUUCUCACCCUACGCCCAUCGUUGCUUCUGGUUUUGCCCCUUUCCCCAAUUUGCUUUCCUUUAUUUAUACUGAUGCCCCAUUCACUUUUAUUGCUGCCCCCCCAGAAUCCCCCCCCCCCCCCAGUGGCGCCCCCGGCUCUUCCAUGGCAAUGUAAAUACAGACACGGUGCUGCUAACCAACUGGUUUAUAACACAUAUAUGUCUAAUGUAUCACAUACCCGGGGUCGCUCCUGCCCCUGCCGGCGUAUUUAACCCUUUCUCUGCACACGGAGCCUACAACUCAAUAUGGUGCAACAUUAUUAAGAAGAAAAAAAAAACAAACAGAUUUGAUUCCAAACCGUUUGUGGCAGCCAAGGGGUUAACGUAAGCUGAACUCUGUACUGAGCGUGUUUUGUACCCAAACUGACGCCAUUCCAGACUAGUAUUGUGACUAAUGUAUAAUCCAGUUCUGCAUAUACUGUACAAAUAUUAUUCCUUCUGUUCUGUAAAUAUGAUCUAUAAAUGUGUAACAUAAUAUAAAAAUGUAUAAGGAUUUUUAAAGUUUGUUCCCCCCCCCUUCGCUCCUCUAAAACAUGAAGUUACUGCUGAAUAAAGCUUUCUGCAUGUCC